ACUUUCCUCCUUAUAUAUAAACCAGUUCUUCAAUCUCAAAGUCCAUCAAAUAUUUCUUGGCAAAAAAAGAAAAAGAGUAUCCAAAAUGACCAAACACUCACCACUCUCACUUUCAACAUCAAUCUUUCUCAUCGUUGCUCUUUUUACUGCAACAGCCGCACUCGACCCUGCUCCCGAAGACCCGAUUUUCGAACUGUACAUGCAUGAUAUACUUGGCGGAAGCAGUCCAACGGCAAGACCCAUCACCGGUUUGCUUGGAAACAUCUACAACGGUCAAGUACCUUUUGCUAAGCAGAUCGGUUUUGUUCCGCCAGCAAACGGUGUAGCCAUACCAAAUGCAAACGGCGCAAUGCCAACGGUCAACGGUAUCAACGGUAUUCCUCUAGGUACCGGUUUAUCCGGUACAGCGUUUUCAGGUCAGAAUCUAAAUGGGAUUCAGACACAACUGGGACCUGAUGGUCUGAGUCUUGGCUUUGGGACGAUCACGGUGAUUGACGACAUAAUCACAUCCGGUCCUGACUUGGGUUCUCAGCCGCUUGGUAAAGCUCAGGGGGUGUAUGUUGCAAGCUCAGCAGAUGGAAGCACACAGAUGAUGGCUUUCACAGCUAUGCUUGAAGGUGGAGAGUACAAUGAUAAUCUCAAUUUCUAUGGAAUUUACAGAAUCGGAAGCGCCAUGUCGCAUCUGUCUGUGACUGGAGGAACAGGAAGGUUCAAGAACGCUUGUGGGUUUGCAGAGGUAAGGCCGUUGAUUCCUGCAGGUCAACACUUUGUUGAUGGUGCAGAGAUGCUGUUGAGGAUCAUUGUCCAUCUUAAGUACUGAGAACUUGUAUAUGAAAUGUGUGAUUCCCUUUGUGAGUUAAAAAAUGUUUUCUAGUA